UUUCCAGAAACACAAGAGAGCCAACCACAACAUCAUGCCAAAGGUACAACGUCGAGCGCGGGAACGACCGAUCAUGACACCCAGGAGCAACGCAUAAAGCUACGACCUUGCACAGUGAACAUGGCCAGGACGCGUUCUCUGAGCAGUGAGGGCGCUGCUGUCUACGUCUCUCUGAACUCCUGGCCAGGUGACGACGAUGUGACGCCAAUGGCUAAAAUAUCUCAACCAGCAGAUGUCAAUCUCUGGUCCAUUGCCAAGUUGGCAGCAACAAAUCCGAUGCCGGUAAGGCCAGUACGCGAAGGCAGCAGCAGCCCGUUACCCAAUCCACAUGGAGUGAGGCGCUAUGCCCGUGACGAAGAGACUAGAGGAGCUGGAAGACAUGGAAAUGCCAAGUCCUUGGAGAUAUCGAGUUCCCCUUCCCAGGGCCCUCGUGUCUACCUCAAAAAUUCUCGGCAACUGCCCAUGCCGACAACUCGCAACGAAUUUGACAGUUGUGGCCAUGAUGAGACUCCUAUUGUCCAAGGUCCGCCAACCACAGUGAUUCUCGGAGCACAAGAUGGACGGUCCCUUCAAGAGGGGUGCCAUCGGAUGGAUGGCUAUGCUCUGCACCACCGGGUCCUCGAGGAUGCUUCCGAAGCAGCUAGCCCCGGAUUGAUGGCUCUCGCCAACAACGCAGCGGCCGCUUCAAAGACAUCACAAGGAAUAGUUCCCACGGACGCCGAGUUCAUAUAUCACACACCCCCGCCGUCUGCUGGCCGAAAAAGGCCAACCGUACAAGGCCAUAAUCCACCGUACCAUGUAUCGCCUCGCGAUGCGGAGUCCGUCGAAGGCCUUGGGGGGCUGGUGACGCCCCGAGAUAUACGGAGCACAGACUGGCCGCUGCCAAGUCGUCGGUCUCUCGAGAGACAAGAAGAGGCCCAGUUCCAUCCAAUUUUGCGAGCUGCUCCACUGCCGUUCUCGCUUCACUCAGACACCGGCAAGGGACAGGGGAGUGAACAGUCUCCGAAUCGUUCGUUCAGCAGCACCAUGGGAGAAGACGACCCCUGGAGAUAUCUGAUCAAACGACAACGGUCCGUGGUGAGAUCAGGGGACACACUUCCCAAAAGGCUCAAGUCCAGCUGGCUUCCCCUGGAAAACAUCACAGACGGAGCCCUGUCUCUGCAGAGGAAUUCUCGCGCUAUUGACGUUGCUAUGUUGGAGCCACUAAUCGAGAUGCUGGCGUCGUACGAGACGUAUGUUACAUAUGGCAACAUGGAACCAGGGCUUCCGACCAGGCCGUGGGAACUGGUGGACGUGGACCUGCGGUUCAUGUUGGACUUGGGCAGGGGAGCUUUGGUCGACAGCUAUAGUGCUCAAGUCCCCAUAGUUUUACGUCUUAGGACAGGUCGCUAUGUUGGGUCAGACGUCUACUGGGUGUCGGAGAUGAAGGUUGCGUUUGAGGGCGACUCGCGGACAGCCCUGAUGGGGCAGGCGAUGCAGACCAUGUAUCUACAUCGGGUUCAUUCCACCGUCUACUUGUACUUGACAUGCGACGAAAACUAG